CCGUCGUCACCAAGGAUGGUGAGCACCCGCACACCCGGUGGCGUCACCAUUACGUCGUCAUCCGCUAACGGCAGUGUAGCCGGUAACGGCGUGGCCGACAGCACGGCGUCGUCGCACGACGAGAGUCACGGCACCACCACGAACGGCCUGCUUGGCCAGGAGUGGAAUCAGAACAGCGGCCCGCCGUCGCUAUCGAUGUCGGUCGACCUGCACAAUCUCGUUAGCUCGAAUCUCACGGACUCCGGACGAUACUCCGCGAGCCCGGAUCAUCAUCAGGCGGCGACGACGGUCGACGCCACCACCACCAUCAAGAUCGGUUGUCACGACGAGGAGGAGAGUUACGAAGGUUUCGGCUCCGUCGAGGGCGACUCUGUCGGCGACGACGGUCCGGAAUCGCCGGGUGGUAGCAGUUCGGCACCCUCGCCAACUGGUAAUUCUCACAAAAAUCCGAGAAGCCCGAACUCCACCGUUGGGAGACAUUCCUGGCUGCGUACGUCGUUGCGUAGAACACCACCCUGUUCGGCUAGGAAGAGACUCAGCUCGAAUGCAUUAGCGAGCCAACUGUACCGUAGCGGUAGUUUUAACAGCACGGGAAUGAGCUCGAAUUAUGAUCCUGCGGAUGAAAUGUACAGCGACGUUUCCUUGGAGGAUGUAAUGGAUCUCAGCCACAAAGUUCAAAUGAUUCAGGAACAAAUGGAUGCUUUAGCGGACACUAAGUCGGUCGGUGAAGAAAAAUAUGCUCGAGCGAAGCAAGAAAAUGCGACGCUACAGGCGCGCAUAUUAAUGUUGGAGGAAGCGGCUAAAGAUGCGGAAACAAGAGCCGAGGAGAGACUUCAAGCCGAACAACGAAGGCAUCGGGAAUGGGCGAGUCGUUUGGAACGCGAGCGUCAGUUGCAACUGGAGAAUUAUGCCAUCAAGCUGCAAGCGGCGGAACAAGACAACUCCAGUCUGCGAGACGAGAUCGCGCGAGUGCGCGAACAGCUCGAGAGAGCCAGGGCGGACAAGACGCGGCUGGAGAACGAACUCCAAGAAGCCAGGAGAGAAGCGGACGUGGCGCGCGAAAGUGAGCGUCACGCGAUAAGCCGAGCUAACGAGGCUCAUCAUUUGCUUGACGCCAUGCGAGAGGAACUUUCCUUACGGAAUGAGGAUCAACAAAAACUCGAGGAACUGAUACAGCAAAUAGCGGAGCUUCAAGCUCGUAAUAAAAGCUUGGAAGAAUCUCGAGACGAACUGCAGGCUGCCGCGGCACUGCAAGCAGGUCGUGAACUUUUAAUGUUGAAUCCGUGCAAUAACAACGCCGAGAAAGGACCCAGUCUCGCUGUAGAACUACUAGCCGGCAUGAACUCGGACCAGACAGAUGGCCAAGAAAUCGGUGAGUUCGGCGAACCAUGCACGAUGGCUGAAUUAAAACAAGCUCUGAAAGAACAGCAAGAAGUGAACACGCAAUUGCGAACGUACAUCGACGGAAUAUUACUAAACAUUGUGGAAAAUUAUCCACAAUUGUUGGAAGUGAAGCAAACCCACUGAAACGUAGCGUGCACUUUAAACGUAUAAUUUCUGUUCCGAUACUUUCAAGAAGAUUGUACAUUAAUUUUCUUCAUGUGAAAUUGAAGAAGAUUGCAACUCUUUAGAAAAUUUUUGUGAGGCCGAUAUUUAAUUAUAUAUAUCGUUUACGUGAAGUGUGUACACACACAUACACAUAUAUAUAUAUAUAUAUUGUAACAAAAAUUUUAGCGCGCCAGAUUUACUUGCGAGAGAAAAGUAAAUCGAUAUGAUGUUUAGCUUAUUCAAGAUGAUGCCUGAUUAUAACAUAUGGAGUUUUCGAAAACCCCACUUAGAAAACUAGGAAGAACUUCAAAGGAAACAUUAAAUGUUCUUUAGAUGCGUUACCCUAAGAUCGAAAUGUGCUCAUUGCCAACAAUUUAGCUCAAAACACAGACGAUCUGUACGAUUAAAGAAAUGAGUUUUGCACGUUUCGUUAUGAUGUUUCCGAUACUUCAAGCCAAUAUACUGCCGCUGUUACUAUUUCUCGUUUUUUCAUCGCGCAAGUUUGAUAUUAUCAGAAUAGCUGUUGUUGAAUGUUUUUUUUUUUGGAAAUGAAUUCCGAUCGUAAUAAAUUUCGCUUAGAUUUUGUCGUUCUAUUGUCGACAACAAAGACAAGAACUUUCGGAACAAGGUACACGAUAGCUAUCCAAGAUAAUGAGCGAAUCUCGACUUAUUUUUGGGACUUUUCGCGCGUCGUCGAAAAGCUCUUCUACACAUUCGUUAUGUAUAGCUAUUGUUAAGAUAUUUGUGUGUAUGUUAACGACAGUGCUGUUUAAACGAAUAUGUGUAUGUCAUAAAUAUAACAGCGGAGAUGACAUGACUACGCUACAUGUCGUAAAACUGUGAUGCGUUGUAAAGUACCUUUUAAAUUAACAAUUUAAGAUAUGUUUGCGUGUCAGCAGAAUCACUGCGAGUGCACCUAUAAAAAUUUUUAUAAAUAAAAAUUGUAUUCUAGAUCUUUAUACCGAAAGUUAUAUACAAAAUAGUAA